AGCAGGGCGGAAGUAAACCAGUCUGUACGUAUUAAUGCGUGAGACAGUACAAAGCAACAUUUCGUAGUUAUCAAUUUCAGUCUUGCAAGUUUCUAAUAGAUUCCUUGCGAUGUUCGUAAACCGUUAUACUGAAAAAUAAUGAAUAAUGAAUAAACGGUCCAGAUGACGAUGAAAACACGAUUUUAAAAAUGUCCCAGAAAGAGCCCAAGCAAGAAAAAAAAUGCUCUCAUAAGACAGAGCUUUACAGCGAGACCCCGUCCAGGUGCUUGCCUGUUGUUUAUUCUCCAAACUACAACAUCACCUUCUUGGGGCUUGAGAAGCUCCACCCAUUUGAUGCUGGAAAAUGGGGGAAAGUGAUUCACUUCUUAAAAGAGGAGCAGUUUCUCACAGAUGAAAACAUCGUUGAGGCUCGGGAGGCGACGGAGGAGGACCUGCUGGUUGUCCACACGAAACAUUACCUGAACAAGCUGAAGAACCAUAUCUUGGAGGGAUCGAGAGAGUGGUCGCUGGUGGUAGCCACCAUCACCGAAAUCCCACCUCUUCUGUUUUUGCCUAAUUUCCUCGUGCAGAGGAAGGUCCUGAGGCCACUGCGCACACAAACGGGUGGCACUAUAAUGGCAGGCAAGCUGGCCAUAGAGCGAGGAUGGGCGAUCAAUGUUGGAGGUGGCUUCCACCAUUGCUCCAGUGACAAAGGAGGUGGAUUCUGUGCUUAUGCUGAUAUAACAUUAGCUAUCAAGUUUCUCUUUGAGCGAGUGGAGGGGGUAUCCAAGGCUACAAUUAUUGACCUUGAUGCUCAUCAGGGAAAUGGGCACGAGCGAGACUUCCUGGAUGAUGACCGGGUCUACAUAAUGGAUGUUUAUAACCGCUACAUCUACCCAGGGGAUGGAUAUGCCAAACGGGCCAUCAAGAGGAAGGUGGAGUUAGACUGGGGGACAGAGGAUCAGGAGUACCUGCAGAAGGUAAAGCAGAACUCUGAGAGAGCCCUAAGCGACAUGCGGCCAGAUAUCAUCGUCUACAACGCCGGAACGGACAUCCUGGACGGCGAUCCGCUCGGAGGCCUUUCCAUCUCCCCUCAGGGUAUCAUCAAGAGGGAUGAGAUUGUGUUCAGGGUGGCCCGACAACAGGGCAUCCCCAUCCUCAUGGUGACAUCAGGAGGGUACCAGCGGAAAACCGCACGCAUCAUCGCCGACUCCAUCCUUAACCUGCACUGGAUGGGCCUGCUGGGGAGUGAAACCACCGAUGAGGCUGGACCUUCGACAGUCCCGGGUGCUGCGGGCGGGUCCAUUUCUAUGGGGACACGACUCUCCCCUCGCUGAACGCCCACCUCCAAGCUCUGUCCCAGGAGGAAUGGGCUGCUCUCUCAGGGAAAAUCCUGAUGUAAUGAUGGGCUGGUGUCCUGGUACGGGUUGGUGUCUGUCUGAUGUUUGUUCCCUGCUUGGAUCCUCUGCUGCUGUUUAUGUAAGGUGGUGAUUGACUAGUCCAACACUUAAGCCAACACUAGAAUGCUACAUGUGUCUCUGUGAGUGUUUAACUCCUGUGUUUUUUGUAUUGUCAAAGAAUAUUGCUUAUUUGCACAUAUAGACCAUUCACAUUUGUUUUGUUCACUUUGGGCAGUUGACUUGAAUGAGGAUGUAGAGGUCUUUGGAUAAAGGCAAAUCCCUGUAUCAAUAAUUUAUAAACUUUGCCAUUCAUGUUUUCGAAACAUAAACCGGAAUAUUUUUAUUAGCACUUAAAUAGUACCAUUCACAAGCAUUUGCACCGUUUGUAAAAUUACUAAUGAUAUUCUUGUAGUACCAUUCCAUUUCUGAAAAUGUGAUUCAGCUGCAAAUAUUUGGGGAACCAUUUUUACUAGGACAUUUAAUUGAAGCACUUUCAUUGUUUGGUGGCUCCACUUACCAGGGCAGAUACCUGUUUUAAACACUAAUGACUUUGCACAUCCAUACUUUCGAAUUGACUGUAGCAUGAAUUGCAAGGGAGACUGUGGUAUUCUUUGCCCUGUGCCAAGGCUACAAGUCAGUUCUGCAGUUAAUAAUGUGUUUACAUUUUUUAACCUCUUUCGUUCUUUUUAAAGAAAGUUGAAGCACCUUGAAAGUCAGACAGACUAUUGUUGAUCUUGUACAGAAACUUCUGUUUUUUUUUACUGGUCUUGAAUGAUAGGAGUCUCAUAAAUAUCUCAGUCGUUAAGAUGAUGUUAUCGCCAUCUAGGGUUAACACUCCGUGGUGUUUAAUCAUAAUGAGGACGAAAUGUUUGAAAAUGAGCAACCACAUUUUGAGUUACAAUGUAUAUAGUUAUGAAGUAAAAAUGCUUUGACCCUAGAAAACAAGAGGCUCUUACCGCAAUGGUGUACAGUGUGAGUUUUGAUGCAUAAUUCAUAAUCCUGUUAUUGUUACAGGAAAAGGUUCGGUGUUUACAUGACCUUACCAGUAAAUUAUUGCAAAUGGGAAGUUGUGAAUCCUUUUUUAAGGAGUAGUAAAUGUCUUCAAUGACAUCCACUGUUGAAUCAAUGCAAAGUUUUUAUGAAGUAGAACCUUCUGCCAUGCAGUGCUUAGUGGCAGCAGAAGUUUACACCUGAAAUGCAGAUCAUUUCCUAUCAGAUGAUAGACAACAUUGUUAUUGAUAGUGAGUGUUUGUAAAUCAACAUGACCUGUAAAAGAAAAGAAAUAUAGAACAGACACAGGUCUGACAGUCAUAAAAAUAGAGCUUAUUAAUAUCUCUGUCUUAACGCAUGCCCUGUGUGUUGUGGUUUUCCAGCUUUCAGCAUGCUAUAUACCGGCUCAAAGGAAGUUCUUGCUCCUGACUUUUUCAGUAAACAUCGUUAUGUCAGGCUGCUGUGGCAGCUUUGUGUUAGCGCCUCUAUCCUCAGGGGCUCUCCCAAGUAUAAUUUCAGUUCAAUUGCAAAGGGCAGCAGUAAACGGCAGGUGUGCAUUCCUUCUCGGUCACGUUUCUGCCUCCUGCAGUUGGUUGUUUUUGGCACCUGUUUCAGGCCCGUCUGUCUCAUGCGGAACAAGAUAAGCAGACAACUCCGUGUAAGUUAGUGAUGAAGGUCAAUGCAGGCCAAGAGGAAGACUGGGCAGGUGCUACCUAUACUAACCCCAUCAGACUGGGCAGGCGCUACACAUACUAACCCAGUCAGACUGGGCAGGCGCUACACAUACUGUACUACCCCAGUCAGACUGGGCAGGCGCUACCCAUACUAACCCCAUCAGACUGGGCAGGCGCUACACAUACUAACCCAGUCAGACUGGGCAGACGCUACCCAUACUAAACCCAUCAGACUGAGCAGGUGCUGCACAUACUAACCCAGUCAGACUGGGCAGGCGCUACCCAUACUAAACCCAUCAAACUGAGCAGGUGCUGCACAUACUAACCCAGUCAGACUGGGCAAGCGCUACCCAUACUAACCCCAUCAGACUGGGCAGGCGCUACACAUACUAACCCAGACGGACUGGGCAGUCGCUACACAUACUGUACUCCCCCAGUCAGACUGGGCAGGCGCUACACAUACUAACCCAGUCAGACUGGGCAGGCGCUACCCCUACUAAACCCAUCAGACUGAGCAGGUGCUGCACAUACUAACCCAGUCAGACUGGACAGGCGCGACACAUACUAACCUAAUCAGACUGGGCAAGCGCUACAGAUACUAACCCAAUCAUGCUGGGUAGGUGCAAUACAUGCUAACCCAAUCAGGGAUUUACAGGGACUCAGUAUCAGAGACUUUGAGAAUUCUUCUGAUGUUCUUGGGUAGUCCAUAGUUUUAGAACAUUCAAAUGAAGCUUGCGCCAUAACAGCUGGUAUAAUGUGUGCAAUAUAUUACUUCUUUGUAGCUUUGAGAAGUAUCUGUGACUUGGGGUUGCUCCAAACUGUAUAUUCACAUUGAAUACCAAGUAAACUGGUUCCCUGGAGACAGAAACGCAAGAGGAUGAUUCAACAGCCCAGUGGAGAGCCAACUUAAAUUUAUUAUUUAUUAUUUGCAUUAUCUUGGGAUGUAAAAACUAACCCGUUUUCAUUCGUAUUUACUUAUUACUAAACUAUUUGCUCAUGGGAGAUUUACUUACCCAAAAGUGUUCUGAGGGCAGAAGGAGAAAUGACUGGUUCAGAAAGAUAACCAGUCAGAUUGUAGCGAAGGUGGGUCCAAGCAGCUAGAGGUGGUGAGACCAACCAAUCAUAUGUCUUGGUCCCACCUCCUUUAGUUGCAUGGACCCACCUCCUCUAAAACCUGAUUGGUUCAGAGAGAUAACCAAUCAUUUCUCCUUCUUCCCUCAGAACAUAUAUGUCUAAGUAAAACUCCCAUGAACAAACUGUUUGUGACAUGGGUCUCAUAUGGACAUCCGUGCUAUUAAGUUUUUUGAUGCUUGUAUAGGUGCUCUAGCAACCUUGACCAGUGGCAGCAAUUCUAGUUUAGAUUUCACUUGUAAUUAAUGAUGAUUUUUAUCAUUCCUGUCAAUUGAAGGAAUGAAGAAUGCUUAAUUGUACUAACAAUGAGUUUGUCAACAGCCAAACCUAACUUUACUAAAUUCGUACAUUGUUUCUUUCUCAAACUUUUGACUGUCGUUAAAAACGAACAGUGCACAUGUAUAUUAACAGACAAACCAUAAUAAACUGAAAAAAAUGUG